UCCUCAUUUUAUACUUGCAACACACAAUAAUAAUAAAUAAGGUUGACCAUUACAGACUGUAUUUUUUCCGGUCCGAGAAGGCAAAAAAAAAAAAGAGGGAGUAAAAUUUGUGCAAGCUCAGCCGGAUGCAGCAUUUCAUAGUCUGCAUUUUAAUUCGCAUGAAUCCAUCGCGGGACCUACGUAAAAAAAAUAAAUCCAAAUUCUCAUAAUUCUGCACCGUAAUUUAAACCGUGCGGCACAAACCGCGCGGCAGAGUAGGCCUGAGAAGUCUCACUGUGCGGCAAUUUUGCAUGAGUGUUAAAAACUAUGAGCAUUUUCUGGGGUUUAGCAGGGCGGGGGUUUUUGUGAAGUCUGGAGUUUCAAUUCACUAUAGUGGGGUUUGUCUCAUUUUUUGUGUUAGGGUUUUGUUGGGGUUAUGGCGCCCAGCCGUAAGCGAGGAGGAGGAGGCGGCGGCGGCGGCGGCGUUGGAAAAUUAGCUGCUGCACGUCGUGAGUGGAAGAUUGGAGAUCUCGUACUCGCCAAAAUUAAGGGAUUUCCUGCAUGGCCGGCACAGAUAAGUAAACCUGAAAAGUGGGGCCACUCACAUGACCCAAGAAAAGUGUUUGUCUACUUCUUUGGCACAGAUCAGAUUGGGUUUUGCAGUGCUGACGCAAUUCAGGCAUUCACUCAGGAGACCAAAAAACAUCUAUCCUCAAAGUGUCAGGGAAAGGGUUCAGACUUUGGACGUGCAGUGGAACAGAUAGUAGAUGCCUAUGACAAACAAAAGGCUGGGAAGCAAGAAGAAGUUCAAAAUGUCAAUCAAGAAGUUAAGAUUUAUGGCCGAAAAGGUUCUAUCAGAAAAUCAAAAGGUAAUAAAAAUGAUCGGACUCAAGUUUCAACACAUAAUGUUCCUGUUGUAGUUCCCAAUGUUGAAGAUGAUUCUAUUAUUCAGACAAAUCAAGCAAUCCUUAUGGUUGAUAAAGGUCUUAAAAAUGAGAAUGAAUGUUUGGAAGGUGUGAGAGGAUUGUUUGAAGAAGGAACUGCAAGAACAGCUAGUAGUUACCAAAGGGAGGAAAAGUGGCCAGUAAAAAGUUAUGUGAGGAAACAGGGAAAAGUUGUAUGUGAGGAUUUGGAUCUUCAGGAACAGGUAGCAGCAGUAAAAAAUGCUCAAUCUGAGCCUCUAGUAUCAAUGCCAAAGGCAGAAAACCCUGAGGAUGGUAACAUCAGUGCAAGGUUGGCAGAAGUAAAGCAGGAUGUUGGGAGAAGAAGGAGGCGUGUCAAAAGAUCAUCUGCGGGGGUUGGAGAAAAGGGUGCUGUAAUUUCAGCACCUCACGAGAUGGAUUUCAGACAUGUGAUUAAAUCUCCUGAUUUAAAGGAAUGUAAAAGUGAAGCUGAUGUUGAUGAUAAGGUUCAUAGCAAAUGUGCCACCCAGCGACAAGUUGAAUCCUUGCCAGCAAAUGAUAUGUCUAAAGAUUCAAACUCUUUAGAUGAUAGCCAAACAGAAGAUUUAGAAGUUCCCAGCAGCCAGAAAUUAGAAGUAUCAAAUAUUGUUGAAGAUCAAUUGGCGUUGCAAAGUGAAAAAAGUGUUGCUUGCCCAUUUGUAUUUGAAGAUGACAGAAACAAGGUGAUUGUAGAUGAAAGUUUGCAGUACAACACUGUUCUAAGGAAGAAAAGAAAGCACCUUAAGAAGAGUGACUUGGGAACAUCUGGUAUGACCUGGAAAUGUUUAGAUAUCGAGGAAAAAAUUAUUAUGACAGAGAAUCAGAUUCGUAGUAGUUUGGUAAAACCAUCCGAUAAUGAGGUUGAUGGUAACAGGAGCAGGCAUAGGAUUGACACAGAUGAACAUUUGCCCCUGGUAAAAAGGGUAAGAGCUCGUAUGGGUAAGGAAUCUAGUAAAUCAGAGGAAAAUAGUAUGGAAGAUGGGAUGGCAAAAUCAGAGGAAAGUAUUAAGGAAGAGGGUCUGAUAAGACCUGUGGAGAACACUGCAAAUGAACAUGCCCCACAGGAUGCAAUUAUGGCAGAUGAUUCUCAAUGCAAAUCUAAUCUUCCAGUGUCUUUAAAGCCUGCUGAUAUUGAGAGAACAUGUACAUACUCUCAGGCUUCUACAAUAUCAGUCCAAAGAGAUACAUGUUUACCACAUAAAGCUGAUAAGUAUCGAUUGAGGGGAUCUUUAGCAGAUGAUGAAACUGCAUUGCCACCCUCUAAAAGACUUCAUCGUGCUUUAGAGGCAAUGUCUGCAUGUGCUGCUGAAGCUGCUAGUCUUUCUGAUGGGAUAGGUAUGGAAAAUGGGGAAAUAUGCGAUGAGAGUAAAUCCAGUUCUGUUAGUGUGGAGAAUGGCAAGGGUGAUAUCUUAGAGAUAGAAAAUCAUAGGGGAUGUGAGUUAUCAAAAGAUCAAAUGCUGGAGACUAAUAGUUCUGAUAUGUGUAUUGAAUCUCUCAAUUUGGUUUCUGGGGUAUCUUCAGAACUUGCUCUUCAUGCACCUGACAAUGUGGGGGAUUCUAUGGAGAUGGAUCCAGUAUCUCAUGUGCAUGAUGAUGAAAAGAAAAUGGACAACCAGAGUGAUAGAGUAAUCUGUGCUGGGAGUGCUGAAGAAUCUGAUAGUCCAUCUCUGAAAAUUGAACCAAAGCAACAUGGUAAAUCAUUUCUACUUCCCCUCAAAAAACACGAUUCUUUGAAAUUUUCCUUAGAGCGUUCUAGUCUGACAGAAGAAAAGGCUUGUCAUGUUAUGGACACAGAUUUAAUUUCUCAUAAUCAAGACAUUCAAAAUAAAAAUGCUGGUCAGGAAAACAGCAGGGCAUGUGCUAAGGAUACUGAAGAAUUGGCUUCUUCUUUUAAAAAUCAAGAACAAUUAAAUCAAAACAGUAUGUGCAUACAUGUUUCUUUCAAGAAAAAUGAAGCUUCAAGUUUUGCAUUAGAAUGCUUUGAUGAGGAAGAAGAGGUCAGAGAUAUUAGAGAUGCAGAAGUGAGGUUUCCUUUGUGUGAUGAACAAGAGAAAAUGGACACAUCUUCAAAGCAGGAAGAAGAUAAGAAAUCACCUAUAGUUGAUGAUCAAACAAAAAUGAAUGGCUCUUCAGAUUGGUCUAAAGAGAAAGGUGGGGAAUUUAUAGAUGCAGACAUGAAUCGAGAUAUUAGAGAGCAAAAGAAAGUAGAAGGUUGGAGUGAUGAAAAUUUACCUGUGAAGGUUGCUGAAGAGUCGGUUUAUAGUCCUAAGAAAAUUGUUGAGUCACAGCAACAUAAAAUGCCUAGACUAGUGCUCUCUGGGCAACAUGAGGGCUUGCAGUCCGCUUCAGAGUGCCACAGAUACAGAAAUGAGAGUUCAGCCAUCUCUGCAGAUGUAAAUCUCAAGUCUCCUGUGCUUGACGAUACAAAGAACACUGUUGAAUCAACAGGUCGUGCUAACAAUGACCACGAAUCUGUUAUUAUGUCUCAGAAAAGUGUAGAAUUUAAACAAGAUAUGAAGUUUGUGUCAAUGCUUCCUAGCAAGAAUAUAGGCCUGAAGUUUCCUGAAGACUUUCCGUACCCAGGAAAAUCAAUUCUGGAUAGCACGAUCAAUGCAGAUUUUAAGCCCCAGGUGCAUGGGAGUCAUAAGAGAACAGGUAAUCAUGAGGAUGUAAUAUCUGCUAAGAAGGUGGAAAAACCAGUUGUUUCCUCUCACAAAACUGAUGAUUCAAAGCAGCAUGGCAAUCCAAUGCAAGGUUCUCUUAAGAACUCAAAUUUAAGGCAAGGAAGUAGCAGUUAUUCAUCUCCAACUAAAAUUACUAAGGCUUUAGAACAUGUUAAGGCUGUAGGUGAUCAAUUGGAACACAAGUCUAUGCCAAUCAAAGUUAAAAGAUCUAAUGUAACCCUACCGAAGAAAGAUCCUAUUGUUGUGUCCAAGAAGGAUGAUGGGCAGUUUGUAGAAAAACCAAACCAAGAGCAUCAACCAAGGCGUUCUGCGGUCAACAUGCUAGAGAAGGUGUCUGUUUCCCAUGUGAAAUCUGGAUUUGAUGUUUCAACUCCAAGGUCAAAAAUCAUGUCAAAAUAUAAUGCAAAUAUGAAUGACACUCCUCCUAUGGUUACUAGGUUGGAUAGUGCGACAAGUUCAAAGUUGCAUUCAGAUGAAGGGAACAGAAUUAGGGAGGCUUAUGAAGCUGCAAAAGAAGUAAAGCUCAAAAUAUCAUCACAACACUCAGGGUUUUCUGCAUCCUCUACAUCGAUGAAGUUACUGAUUGCAGCCGCUCAAGCUAAACAACAGGCACGCUCUGCUGCUAUGCAUUCUAUUACAUCCAUGGAAUUUAACAAGUAUGCACCUCCAUUAGUUCUUAGCCCUUCUCCAGCUCAAAGGGGAAGUUCACAUCAUCGCAGUUCACCUUCACAGCCGAUGUUCUCUGGGAACUCGGCAGAUGAUGAUGCAUGUGAUGUGCUCUUCCAUGCUGAAUCUAGAAGUCCUGAAACAAAUACACAUCAAUGGCCUCCAAUGCAUAUAGCAGAUCGAGAAAUGAGUGAAGAGCGCAAAUCCAGUUCGGGAAGAAAAUCUGUCAGUGGGAUGCUUAAUAUUGAUGCAGAAGCUGCCAUUGCAAGGGAUUCUUUUGAAGGGAUGCUUGAAACACUUUCAAGGGGCAAGGAUAGUAUUGGAAGAGCAACACGACUUGCUAUUGAGUGUGCAAAAUAUGGCCUUGCAGGCGAGGUUGUGGACAUUCUUGUUCACAAGUUGGAACAUGAGCCAAGUUUAUAUAAAAGAGUAGACCUGUUCUUUUUGGUUGAUUCUAUCACACAAUGCUCGCGUGGGCAUAAAGGUAUUGCUGGAGAUAUGUAUUCGUCUGCUGUCCAAUCUGCACUCCCACGAAUGUUGAGUGUUGCUGCUCCUCCUGGAAAUGUUGCACGUGAAAAUCGCCGUCAAUGUUUAAAGGUAUUGAGGAUUUGGCUUGAGCGUAAUAUUCUUCCCGAGCCUGUUAUAAGGAGGCACAUCAGUGAGAUUGAGUCUCUAGUUGAUGAUAGGACAACUACUGCUUUACCUAGACGUAUGCCUCGAGCAGAGCGUGCUCUUGAUGAUCCAGCUAGAGAAAUGGAAGGCUUACUUGAUAAUGAAUAUGGGAGUAAUGCAAGUUUUCAGCUUCCUGGGUUCCUUUUGUCCCAAAUGUAUGAAGAUGAAGAAGAUUCAUGUGCAAGUGACGGGCUGAAAGUUGAAGAUAGUUCUCCUGUAGGGAUAUCUGAAGUAGUACCAGAACCAACUAACAACUCACCUUAUAUUUUAGAAAGGCAUCGGCACAUUCUUGAGGAUGUUGAAGGGGAGCUUGAAAUGGAAGAUGUAUCACCGUCUUCUGAAUAUGAUGGAAUUUCUUUUAAGAAUGAUACAGUUGGAGCAGACUCAAGAUCAGUGGGCCCUGGUGGUUCUGCAAUGCUGAAUGAGGUCAAUCAGUAUCCACCAUUAUCACAGGUUCCUCCACUACCAGAGGAUAUGCCUCCAUCUCCUCCACCAUUGCCUGAUUCACCGCCCCCUCCUUCACCACCUCCACCUCCACCUCCUCUCUCCCCACCCUUUGUCUCACAGCCUGUAUUGCCUAUGCCAUAUUUAUCUUGUAAUGAGGUCCAAGGUCAAAGUUUACCGGGAACAGUACAUCAACAUCAACAAGGGAGCAACCAUACAGGAGGUUUAGAUGCAACUUCAUACAACUUUCCAGCAUAUCUUAUGUCCUGCACAAGUGCCACUGCUUUUAAUUCUUCAACCACAUAUGGAUUUUUACAGAGUAAUGUAUCUGGGAUUAGUAAUUCUGCACCUAUUGCCCAACAAAUGCAUGGCAGUAAUACGUCUUUUCCUCAGCAGUCAUACCGCCCACUGCCACCUGCUUUUGUGCCGUCCAACCAAUUCUCAUUUGUAGGGGCAGAAGGUCAGCACCAUUUGCAACAAACUUGGCAAAGUUCAUCCUUAUCAUCUGCUCCUGAAAUCAAACAAUCACUGCAAGAUGAAAGUGGGAGGUGUAUAUAUGGUAAUAUUGGUAGCAUGAGACCAGAGGAACAACAUUCUUUGCAAGCAAGAAAUGAGAGCAUGUUGACCUUAUGCACAGGAACAGAUAAACCUAUGUCAGGACAGAAACCAGUUCCAGGAGCUUCUAGGAGUUCGCUAGCAGCAGCUAGUUUGGUAACAACUUCAACAUUACCAUGCAAGUCUGCAAUCCCGACACAAAAUUGUUGGAGGUCCAACUGAUGCCCAUUUUGUAAUUAGAGGAGAUGUCAAAAUCAAAGAAGGUUGGAGCAAGUGAACCAUGCUUUGGGAGUUUUUUUUUCUUAAAAAAGGCUCCAGGGGAGGUGAACUGCAGUGGAGGAAGCUGAAGAAUGACUGCAAGUAAGUUAUUAAGGAUCUGGACACAGCUGGUGGAGAGAGAGAUUAUUGUUAACUGUACAUAUUGUACUUUUUGCCUGUAUCUGCAUUUGCAGAUUCUCAAAAAACAUUAUUUUUCAGUGAGACAUAUUAUGACUUACUGGAAGAUUCUAUACGAUUGGAUCAUUGGUUACAGCAGGCUUUUGUUGUGUCCUGUUAAUUGUAUUUUUUCUAUUGAAUUGCCAUAAACAGGGCAUAUUGUCCAGAGUCUUUGAGAAUUGGUGCUGUAUACAAUUAUUUUCUUCUUCAAAGCUUCCUGUAAUUCCUAAUGGGAUGAAUGAAUGUACUUUGUAACAAAACCGAGUUCUAUAUUUUGCCUUAAAAUACAUUUACAGUCUUAGAAUGUCUUUUGAAUUUGAAGUGUAUUAGGUAAGCGGAUGCCGUGAUCCAUCUAUCCUUCCAAACUAAGUUGCCAUAUUGAAGAGCAGUAUUUUUUUGGCUUCA